GUCCAUUUGCUUGAAUCACGUGAGCUAGGAAGAAAGACACAGAAGAAUUAAUAAGGGCAAGCGGACUGAUCUUCUUCAAAUGUUUCAUUAAUUUUGUUUGUUUACACUUCUUUCACAAUAAUAUCCCCACUUUACACAACUCGGGGCAAAGCGACAAUGCCUGUAACAAACUGGAAGAAUAAUGCUGGAUUUAUCAUAUCUUGGUAUUUUCUAUCGACCGCUCUAUCAUUGUACAAUAAAGCCCUUUUGAGUACUGAGAAUCAUGGAUUAAACCUGCCUUUGUUAAUGAGUGCAAUCCAUUCUGGAGUACAUACAGUUAUUACAAGAACACUGAUAAGCAAACGCGGCAUACAAGGACCACAAUUAGUAUUCAAUAAAGGCUGCAUUGUGAACAUUGUAAGUAAUGCUGAAAUAUUUAUCAUUCUCAUUCUGGCCAAGAAAUAGAGAACCUCAAUUGCUCCGAAAGAUAUUUGUAGUCUAGCAGCUGUCGCAGAGAUCAGUCUGUCGAAUGCGUCGCUUGUACGCAUAAGUUUAUCUUUCUAUACUAUGGUUAAAUCAAGUACGCCCGUUUGGGUACUUGUGUUUUCAUUUUUAUUCGGCUUACAAAAGCUCAACCGACAACUUCUUCUCAGCAUACUACUCAUUAUUGUGGGCGUCUACUUAACAAUUGAUGGAGAGUGUGGUAUUCGCCAGUUUUAAUUAUGAAGUAAAAGGUAAAGAAUAACACAAGAGAAAAUAAACACGAAAGCUUAACGAAAUCAAACC